AUGGGUAACAAACUCUCAUUCGUGUAUGACAAGCUGAACAGCCUACUCACCGUCUUCAAGACAGACAGGCAGGUCUCUCUUACGAUUCUGGGGCUGGAUGCAGCAGGGAAGACGACUCUGGUCAAUCUGCUCAACAACAACACGGUGCAGACUGUUCCGACAAUCGGAUUCAACGCAGAGGAGAUCACAAUCGACAAGACCACGAUCAGACUGUGGGACGUAGGCGGCCAGACCACAAUCAUAAACUUCUGGAAAGAGUACGUGAAGAACACGGAUGGCCUGGUCUUCGUGAUUGACAUUGCAGACACGCAGCGAUACAGAAAGGCAUUCGAGGCGUUCCAGCAGCUCGUUGAGCAUCUCAAGGAGAACAUUCCGGUGCUGCUUCUGCUGAACAAGACCGAUUUGGUGACGAGUGGGGCCGUGAGGGCGGAGAAGACGAGUGAGAUCAGGGGGCUGUUUCAUUG